AUGCUCGUAUUCUUAACCUACAAAUAGAAGAUAUACUGAUAGAGAUUAAUGUAAAUUGUAGAUAUGUCAAUAAACUUAUAUAGUACAAAUCUUCAAAAGUUCCUGAACAAGUGGCCUGGCAAGAGGUAUUUCGGUAUCUACAGGUUCCUGCCAUUGUUUUUUGGACUUGGGGCAGCUCUAGAAUUUUCCAUGAUCAAUUGGAGAGUUGGAGAAACGAAUUUCUAUCACACAUACAAGAAAAGACAAGCCAAAAGUAUUGUUGAAGAAGAAAUCCAUCACCACUGACUGCAAGAUGCCUGCAGGAGUCUCUUGGCC